GACAAGGUCGCUCAUACCACCAUAAGCCCGUCUUUGUUUCUCAGCUUGCCCGUAGGCUUCGACCUUCCGAAUUGAACCUCCUGAACCAAACACUCUAGCUAUAGCCGCAGCUCCAACGUCCACUGUUGUGCCCUAGCUUAAACCCCUCUCUCCCUGAAGCUCUGUUGCCUCAAACCUCGAGCUCUCUCUCCAACGUCCAUUGUUGUGCAGUGGAGCUCUCCCUCAAACCCCUCUCCCUAUCUUAAACACCGCGCCCUGACGCUGCCUCGAAACCUCGCUGUCUCGCCAACGUCCUUUGUGUGCAGUCGAGCGCGCGCCGUGAGUACGCAUAGUGAGGUCGCCCGUGCCGUGACCUGUGUGCCAUCUCGAAGAAGUGUAGCUGCCGUGAUCCGUCUUCGCGCCUUAGGUCGUCGUACAGGGAUUGAAGACUGCUAGUUCAGUUGGUAUUGAUUGUUUCUUAGUUGGAGAAGUCAGACUGCAAAAGGAAACUGAGGUUUUAUUAUAGUAUUAUAAAUAUUGGAGCGAACAGAAAAGAGGACACAGCGCGGCGCCGUGUCAACAUCUGAAACAGACUCUAUCCCUAAUCCCUAUCUUCUUCUCUGCUCUCGCCGCACGCUCUUGCCUCCACUGAUCUCAGAAAGAAUGAACUUGGUUGUGAAUGCUGCGGUGGAAGAGAUAUGUGGUGGGAUUGAAGAUGGACUAACUCUCGCAUCCCUGUGGGCCAAGCUUGAAGACUCACCCUCUCUUUCAUCCUCCAAUCUCUGUCUCAAUUCCACUAUCAAAAGAGCCAUAUGGACAAACCUGCUUCGCAUUCCCACUCUCCGGUUUGAACCACAACCCUCUUCUUCGGAACUGGAGGAUGCCGAGAAGCUCAAUACAAAGAUCUUUGCUCAGCAGAGCCUCACAGACAACUUUGUCGGUCUCUACGACUCGCAAUCUCUCCAAGAUGCCCAAAUGCGUGUCCUUCGCCUUCUUGCUAAUGCUAGAGCGAAUGGUGUUACGCAAACUCAGCUUGCCAAACAGUUGCACAUUGAUCCCAAUAACUUCCAUUAUGUGUUGAGGAGUCUUGAGUGUCAAGGCUUGAUUGUCAAGCGCUCGGCAAUUGAGAAAAAGAAACAAAUCUCCGGUCAUGGUGAAUCCAAGAAUUAUCCGUGUGUAGCUACCCAUUUAGUAUACUUGCAUCGCUAUGCGAAGCAACUUGACUCUCAUCAAAGGUUUGAGUUUGAAAUUACCAAAUUCAACUCCCCUGAUGAUGACGAUGAAGAUGCAGAUGGAACCACCCUUCAAACAGAUGUUCAUCUUAAGGAUUAUAAACCUCAGAUGAAAGCUAUUUGUGAAAAGCUUGCAGAAGCCAAUGACAAGGUUCUUCUUGUGUCAGAUAUUAAGAAGGAUCUUGGUUACUGUGGAUCGCGUCCAAAACAAAGGGCUUGGCGACAAAUUUCUCAAAGGUUGAAGGCACAUGGUAUUGUGGAGCAGUUUGACGCUAAGGUGAAUGGCAAGAUUGAGGCUUGCCUGCGCCUUCUUGACCCAAUAACUACAGAAUCUGGAAAUGAAGAUAAAAAGUUGAACUCCGGGAAAACAUGUCAAGUUAUUGAUCAGCUUGUGGAGCUUCCCAUGGAGCAUCAAAUUUAUGAUAUUAUUGAUGCUGCCGGAUCUUGUGGUAUUACUUUGAAGGAGAUAUGUGAGAGGCUUGGGAUUGAACUGAAAAAGAGUCACAUUCGACUUGUAAAUUUGUGCUAUAGAUUUGGAAUGAAAGUGCAGGAAGAACAAUGCCUAAAAUCUAAGGCAAUUCGAGUUUGGACUUCUAAAAAUUUCAACCCUGAACCAGAAGUUGGACUUAUUUGCAAGCUUGAUGAAAACAAAACUUUUAACGAUGUGUCUGACAGUUCAAAAAUAAUAUCUGAAUUUGAGACUUCAACUACCAGUGGAAAACUUGAUGACCCUGCAAAAUUGGAAGAUAGAGGUGUUGGUGCAGAACUAUCGUGUGUAUCUCCAAGAAAUACUGAGUCAAACUUUGUAGGAACGUCAGCAGACUUGCAAGAUUUGGUCCUUGACCGAAGAAGUACAGUUUCUCACUGCAAAUUGGUCAGUUCAUCAGUGGAGGCAGACAAUGCACCAUCAGGAGCAUUUCCAUCUGACAUGUUGAAACCAUUCUCUACUGGAUCAAAUCAAAGAUAUACAAGUUUAUCUUUAAGUGUGGAUAACACUAGAAGGGCAAAUAGGAUACUAGAAAGACUAAAGGAUGAAAGGUUCAUUUUGAAAUCUGAGAUAAAUAGGUGUCUUAUUGGCUUUGAGAAGGAUAAGUCUACAAAAGUGGACCGCAAGACUAUUGACCGAAUAUUAACUAAACUUCAAGAACAAGAGAAGGUCAAAUGUAUAACAGUACAUUCACCUGUUAUUUCUGAAUAUUCCAGGACAAAAGAUUGUGUGGUAGUUGUGCAUCCAUCCAUGAGUCUAACUCCUGAGUUAUUUGAUGAAAUUCAAGAUAGAAUACGAUCAUUUAAUUGUUAUAUUCGCAGCAAAAGUGCUUCACAUCAGAAAAAUGAUUUAUUGCUACCUGUAAUGGAGGGUAUUCAGAAAAAUCAAAGCGUUAUAGUUCCAGAUGGGCAGGCUAGUAAAGCAGAAGCCAUGCGUGCUAAUGGAUUUGUAUUAGCAAAAAUGAUUCGUGCAAAGCUGCUGCACAGUUUUAUUUGGGAUUGUCUGCAUAGGUCAACAAGCCAUAUUGAUGUUUUAUCAUCUAAAAAAUGUGCCUUCGAGGGAACUGGUACUCCUCAUAGUAGCAGCAAACUAUUUUUUCUAGAAGCAACUAUUAAAGAAAUGCCAAUUGAACUAUUCUUAAAAGUUGUUGGUUCCACUAAAAAUUAUGAAGAAAUGAUUGAAAAGUGCAAGAUGGAUUUACGUCUCUCUGAUCUUCCUCCGGAGGAGUACAAGUGUUUAAUGGAUGCUCAAGCAACAGGAAGAUUGUCGUUAGUUAUUGACAUUUUACGGCGAUUAAAGUUGAUACGAAUUGUAACUGAUUUGCAAUCUAGAGAUGGAGUCAAAACCCCUCAAACUCACAUGAUGGAGCUUAGGCCUUACAUCGAGGAACCCAUUUCAAAUGAUGCAGCAUCUUUAAAUUUUAUAUCUCUUGAUCUUCGACCAAGAGUCAGGCAUGAUUUUAUUCUAUCUAAUAGAGAUGCAGUUGAUGAAUAUUGGCGAACAUUGGAGAAUUGCUAUGCUACUGCUGAUCGAAAAGCUGCUUCAUAUGCAUUUCCUGGAUCUGUGGUCCAUGAGCUUUUCCGUUUCCGUUCAUGGGCAUCUACUCGUCUUAUGACAGCUGAACAACGUGCUGAACUUUUAAAGCAUGUAACCAAGGAUAAUCUUAGUGAAAAUAUUUCAUAUAGGGACUGUGAGAAGAUUGCAAAAGAUCUGAAUCUUACCACAGAGCAGGUACAUAGCAUGUAUAAGAGUCAUCGCCGUUUUGUUUAUCAGUUCAAAGAUGAAGAGAUAGAGGAUAAUUCACCUGAAUGCAAGGGUAAUUCAUCUCGUCGUAAGAGAAAAAAAUCCACUGAGCUCAGGCCUGCAAAGCAUGCCAGAAUUGAUGAUGCAGUAACUGAUGUUGUGGACAUGCACGUAGAAGGAUCACAAAAUUUGGAUGUUCAUUCGGGAGAGUGUGCCACACAUAUGCAAGAAUUUGAGGAGAGUAUGCCUCAAGACUGUAUCCCCCUUAUUAGCCAGCGUGUCUUAACCAAAAUGAAGCCAACACGCCAAAGGAGAUUCAUUUGGUCAGACAAAACUGAUAGGCAGUUGGUGAUCCAAUAUGUUAAACACCGUGCUGUUCUUGGUGCCAAAUAUCAUCGCAUAGAUUGGACAUCCAUUUCUGAUCUUCCAGCUACUCCAAUCGCUUGUACGAGAAGAAUGAAUUUGUUGAAUAGUAACAUGAGAUUUAGGAAAGCCGUGAAUAAACUCUGUAACAUGCUCAGUGAACGAUAUGCAAAGCAACUGGAAAAGUCCCAGCACUCGUCAUUAAACAAUGAUUGCAAACAGUUUGUGCGAUCCCAGUCCUGUGAAGGUAUCCUCAAUAAUUCUAGUCCUGAUGCUGAAAUUCAAAUUACAAGUCUAAACAAAGAAGCUUGGGAUGACUUUGAGAACAAAAAUAUCAAGAUGGCCCUUGAUGAGAUUCUUCGCUGCAAGAUGAUGGCUAAGCUGGGUGCCUCCUCCCAAAAAGGUCAAUUGCAAUAUGAUGGGUGGUCAGAUGCAAAUGCGAAUGCUGAUGGAUUUGAAUCUCAAGAAAAUGAAGAAAUUACAUCAGCUAUUCCUUGUGAUAAUAUUCAGAGUCAUGGGAAGCCCCAUACAUUUUCCGCCCAAAGAUCACGGCGGCGGCGGCUUGAUAAAAAUUUUACUAGGUUUCUGAAUAAUAUGGUUAAUGUUUAUGGACAAGUAAAUGAAUCAUUGGCUAUUUCAAAUGUUGUAGAGCUAUUUAAACUUGUUUUUUUAAGCACCUCAACAGAUCCUCAGGCACCCAAAUUACUAGAUGACAUUCUUCGGCGAUACUCACAGCAUGAUCUAUUUGCUGCUUUUAACUAUCUUAAAGAGAAAAAAGUUAUGGUUGGGGGCACUGGCAAUGAACGUUUCGAACUAUCACAACAGUUCUUGCAGAGUGUUUCCAAGUCACCAUUUCCAUUUAAUACUGGAAAGCAAGCUGUUAAAUUUUCUGCAUGGUUGGAGGAAAGAGGCAAAGACCUCACAGAAGUGGGCACUAAUCUUGCUGAAGAUCUACAAUGUGGGGACAUUUUUCAUUUGUUUGCUUUAGUCUCUUCAGGUGAACUUUCAAUUUCUCCAUUCCUACCAGAUAAUGGUGUUGGAGAGGCUGAGGACUUGAGAAGUGCAAAGCGUAAAUCUGAUACUACCGAGUCUUCAUAUAGUGAUAAAGCCAAAAAGUCAAAAUCCUUCUUUGGAGUAGAAGGUGAAAUUAUUUCUCGUCGGGAAAAAGGUUUUCCUGGUAUCAUCAUUUCUGCACACCGAACAACAAUUUCAAGAGCUGAUAUUUUAAAUUUGUUCAAGGAUAAUGAUAACUAUGGCCAACCUUUUGAGGGAGAUUUCCAAUUAAACAUUGGCCAAAGCAGUAAUUAUUCACUUCCUGACCAUAUCUUGGAAAUCACUAAAUCUUCUGACCCUGUACCUCUAGAAGAAAAUCAUAGUGAAUCACCCUGGGAAGCUAUGGCAGGCUAUGCACGACAUUUGUUGUCUGAAUAUUCCAAUAAAAAACAUGCAUAUGCCAUUUGUGCUGAGGUCUUCAGGGUUGUUUAUGCUGCCAUCCAAAAGGCUGGUGACCAAGGAUUAAGCAUGGGAGAAAUUUCCCAGGUUAUAAACUUGCCAGGAGCAGAGGUAGAUGUCUUGAUUGUUGAUGCUCUUCAAGCAUUUGGGCAAGCCUUAAAGGUCAAUGCUUAUGAUACUGUCCGUGUUGUUGAUGUCUUAUACCGUCACAAGUACUUUUUGACACCUAUGUCUGAUUUUCAUCUUCGUGUUGUACAACCUUCCUCAACAAAAAACAUCGAGAAAAGUGAUCAUACAUGUGAGCUUUAUGAAUCGGAGGAAAGGGAUACUACUUCUGUUGAUACUUCGAGGGAAAGAAACACCGCUAUUGAUAGCGUGCACAAAUUGACAAUUCUCAAUCUUCCACAUGGGGAUGUGGAUCCUGAAAAUCAAGCUUGUGAUAGGAAUGAAGGCUGUAAGCAAAACAGACUUGGGUUAUCCAGAGUCAAUCAUAAGAAAGAAACUCUCGAAUUUUCUUCUGGUGAAUCAUGUGUGCCAAUAUUGCCAUGGGUCAAUGGAGAUGGGACCAUCAACAGCAUUGUUUACAGGGGACUCAGACGUCGUGUUCUUGGAAUAGUGAUGCAAAACCCUGGGAUAUUGGAGGAUGAUAUUCUACAUCAUAUGCACGUGUUGAAUCCACAGAACUGUAGAACUCUCUUGGAAUUGAUGGUUCUGGAUAAACACCUAAUUGUGAAGAAGAUGCUUCAAAAUAUGUUAGAUGGGGGACCCUCCUUACUUCCGGAACUUAUCGGAAGCAAAUCCAGUCAACCGAAGUUGAUAUGCCGAGAGCAUUUCUUCGCCAAUCCCAUGAGUACUUCCUUGUUGUAGGGAAUCUGUGGCAUUGACAUUAGACAUUAGUACUUGUUAUAUAAAAACAUAUUUAUAGGCAAUUUUGGAUACUGGCCUUUAAGUUAUAUUUGGAAGAAGUGUAAGUGUGUAACUUAGGCAAUCCUAGUAAAUAUGUUUUAGGCUAGGAACUUGGGAUUUUGGAUAUUUGACAAGUUUGGUUGCUACAAUCCUACUUGAGUAUAGCAGGUUGGUAAACACAUCAUUCAGAUUUUUUUUCUUA